AUGGAAGGUACACUCUUUCCAUCUCGACCUGUAUAUCUCAUCCCAGCAAACAGACUAACACAGCCAAACUCUCAGAUCAGAACAGAAGCAGAAGGAAACAGAUUCGCGCAGAUCGCCAUAGAUUCAGCGGCUCGAAUGAGCAGCGGAGGCCUAUUCGAAGGUCUAUACAGGGUCAUCAUGCGCUAUGACUCUGUCUACGUCACCUUCGUCAUCACUGGAGCCUUCCUCGGCGAGCAGGCUGUAUAUUAUGGAGUUCAUAAGCUGUGGGAGUACAAUAAUGUUGAGGAACGAUAUGAAGAUAUUCCAGUUCUGGGGACAAGGCAAUCAGAAAAAUGA